UCUCUUUCUCCCUCCCAACUUCUGGAGAAAUCUAGAGAGAGAGAGAGAGCCCUCCUAUAACUGAUGAAAGCUCAAAGCUACUAGCUUCCAUUACUCUCCUAUAACUAAGCCCUCCUAAUCUUCUAAUCUUUUCCACUCUCAGCCACCAAAAAUCCAUAUUUUAUCCUUUUUUGCGUUUCUUUUAGGAAAUUCUGAAAUUUAGUGUUUAUUGUUGAGAGAUUUGAUUCUUCUUUUGAAAUUGAAAGAAAACAUGGAGAAUUACUAUACAUUGAAGAUGGCAAGGAAGGAUUUUGAGUAUGUUUAUGAUGAUUUCAACGAUUUCUCCCUUUCCUCUCCCGCCACAAAAAUCCGUCGCCUGGAUGUGGAGUUGCAACCGAUAGUUGAAGAGGUUGAAGAAGAGCCGAUGCCUAUAGCUUUUGAGCAAGUAGCUACUAAUCAAAGCUUUGGAAUCAAUGGCGGGGAUCUAGGAAGAAAUGGUCCAGUGAUUGAAGAACUGCCUAGUGUGCCUGAGAAUGAAGAGAGGGCAAUUGUGCUUUUCAAACCCAUGAAUACACAGCUUGUUCAAUCCCCUUCAGAUUUUUCUAUUAAAGUGAAUCCCCAGUUCACUAAUGGAUUCAAGAAUCCAGUCUUAUGGGGAAGCCAAUCUUGUAUUUUGAGACGUGCCGGUGAUGAAAAUGCAGAUGAGAACUUAUCUGGUUCUUCUAAAGGGUGUCUAGCAGUUGUUCCCUGGGUUCCAUCUCAGCUUCCUUCAGCACAAGGAGACGAGUUUCUGCGCCAGGCUGACGUGUUGGAGAUGAUGGAAGCUGAAGAUAUGGAUGGGGUGACAAUGGAUGUCGAAGACAACAGUGUCAGUGCUGGACAAAGGACUGCUAUCGAUGCUGGUUUAGUUGGCGUGAACGAAAGGCUGCAUCAGUGGCAACAACAACAUUGCAUGAUUCCACCGCCACCCCACAGCACAUCUACUCCAAUUGUUUGGUAUCGAUGAUGGUAGCAUUAUGGGCUGUUUUUGUAACAUUUAGAUAUCGUCAAACUCUUCUUAGAUCCCUCGUCUAAAUGGGUUUGCUUGGUGUAGAUGCAGAAGUAAAUAGUAGAUCAGUUUAGAUCCCUCGUCUAAAUGGGUUUGCUAGGUGUAGAUGCAGAAGUAAAUAGUAGAUCAGUUUAGAUCCCUCGUCUAAAUGGGUUUGCUAGGUGUAGAUGCAGAAGUAAAUAGUAGAUCAGUUGUGAUACAGGGUUGACACUUUUGGGAUAUCUUGCACAAGAUGGAAAUGACUGUGAUUCUUUAUUGCAGGGUUAUUUGCUCGUC